AUGGACCUCAGCGUACACUUGAGCAAGAAUAGGGGAGACCCUGUAGCUCAAGAAGAUUAUGCCAAAAUUAUUGGAAGCCUAAUGUACUUAACAAAUUGUACAAGGCCUGACCUGACUUGCCCUGUAAACAAGCUGAGUCGAUACAUUAGCAUCCCCAGUCAUGAACACUGGAAAGCGCUAGUAAGAGUAUUAAGUUAUCUUAAAUUUACUCUGAAUUUUGGCAUACACUAUGCGAAAUAUCCACCGGUACUCGAAGGGUACUACGAUGCCAAUUGGAUAUCCGAUGCAAAAGACUCACUAUCUACAAAUGGAUAUGUAUUUACGAUUGGAGGAGGAGCUGUCUCGUGGAAAUCCACAAAACAGACAUGCAUUGCAUGGUCCACAAUGGAAUUAGAGUUCAUCACCUUAGACAAAGCUGGCAAAGAAGCCGAAUGGCUGAGGAACUGA